AUGGCAUCUAAUAUUGAAACUGUCGUAUAUGAAUAUUUUAAUACAGAGAAUGGUCAAUUUUGGGAACAAAAUGGGAAUGAAGUUAAGGUCGAUCUAUAUGAAUUCAUGUAUCGUCUUGUCUUGCGUUUAAAUUCUAUUAAUUUUAUCUCACCCAGAGUAUACAAAAAUCAUGUCAAUGAACUUAUUAAACUUUAUAAUCAAUUAGAUGCCGAAAAGAUACUACUUAAUCCAAUUUUAACUAAUCUUAAAAGAUGGUUUUCAUUUAAAAAUGAGAUGGAAAUUGUGUGGGACCAAUGGUUACAACUUCUGAUGCCUGAGAUUGAAAGAUGUUUGGAAAUGAUGAAAAACAAUAUUGAACCAAGUGAUAUGGAUAUUGCAUACGAAUUAGUGAAAUAUUCUAAAGAAGAGUUAGAAAAACGUGGACAACCAUUCUCACCUCGAUUAGUUGCAUUUCUUGCUUAUUCGUCUCUAUUUCCAGCACAAGUCAAUACAUAUACAGUGGCAGCAUCUAUGAUUCUAGAAUGGAUUCGUCAUGAGCACGGUGAUAUUGGACAAGGAAUUAAAGAAGAAAUCGAUCGUCUACCACCAAUUGGUGAGCUCACCAUUGAAUACUUAAAUUCAAUGGAGUUUACUCAAGCAUGUAUUCAUGAAGUCAUUAGAAUGCGUACUGAUUCUCAAUUAAGUAUGCGAUAUGCUGCAGAAGAUAUUCCAUUAUCGAACGAAAAAUAUAUUCCAAAUGGAAAUCUUGUUGCAAAUCCUAUGACUCGUGCUCAGGACUUAUUUCUUAAUCCGGAAAAAUUCGAUCCCGAAAGACAUUUACCACCAAGGGAAGAAAACAAAGCUGAUUUAUAUAGAGUAUUACCAUUUGGACGAGCAUUUCAAGAGCUUUAUUCAAAUCUUUCAUUUGGUAAGGCUAUAGCACCUGCUCGUGUUCAAACUCAACAGCCACAGGCUUAUUUUCGUCCAAUAAAUAAUAGUUUUAAUUUAUUACCUAGUGAAAAAGUCUAUCGUGAAUGGGAAUAUCAUGAUAAUCUAUGCUGCUGUAAUAACGCAUAUUAUACUGCUCUGACGGAUAUUCGACUUCUUACUCGAUAUGAAGAAAAUAUUUGUAGCGAAAAUUGUUCAGAACCUUCACAUACAGAUUCGGCUAUUUUCUUACGUGAUAUUGAUCAAAUGCGUGAAUGUCGUGGUGAACAACCAACUUUUUUCUUUCUUCUUUGGAUAACAUUAAUAUGUGCAUGGCCUUGUUACGUUAUACGUCGUGUUUUUUGUCCAAAACCAAAAUCUUUGGAAAUUUUCGGUUCAUUUGGUUCUGAAAUAGUGCGAGUUAAAAGAGAAGAUAUGCCAGUAGCUCAAGUUGAUUUAUCAACAGCAGUUAUUAAUAGCAAAUUAGUUGGUCGAUCUUAA